UUCUACCAUCCAUUGAUUUCCUCCAAAAUUCCUCUCGCUUUCUCUUUCAAGUCUGUUUCGCAGUUCAUGCAAAUUUGCUUCUAGUUUUAGCGAUGGACAUGGAGUCUACAAGCCUUGAGAAAGCAACGGUUUUCGCUCGUGCGCGGCCGCUUUUCAAAGGCUUGCCGGAGAAAUUGAAGGCCAAGGUGGUUGAACUUGCGAGAAAGACAAUAAAGCUCGGGAAAGAUGAGCCAAGAAGAGUUGCUCAUUCACUUAAAGUAGGACUUGCACUCAACCUUGUCUCACUGCUUUACUACUUCCGGCCACUCUAUGAUAAUUUUGGCGUCUCCGCGAUGUGGGCUGUAAUGACUGUGGUCGUGGUUUUUGAAUACUCUGUGGGAGCCACUCUUGGAAAAGGUCUGAACAGGGGAUUUGCAACAUUAUUAGGUGGGGCUCUAAGCGUUGGAGCUCAUCACCUAGCUUGUCUAUCCGGAGAGAUAGGCGAGCCUAUAAUGCUUGGCUUCUUUGUCUUUCUACAAGCGGCGGCAUCAACAUUUAUACGGUUCUUCCCCAAGAUCAAGGCGAGAUACGACUAUGCGGUGCUAAUAUUUAUUUUGACAUUCUCGCUGAUAUCAGUAUCGGGCUUUCGAGAUGAUGAAAUAAUAGAGUUAGCGCGCAGGAGGUUGUUAACCAUCCUCAUAGGUGGCUCUGUCUGUGUCAUCAUUUCCAUUUUGAUUUGCCCCGUAUGGGCUGGCCUAGACCUCCAUAAUCUCAUUGCUUCCAACAUAGGAAAACUUGGGAACUUCUUGGAAGGAUUUGGAGAUGAAUACAUUAAAACAUCGAAGGCAGGAAGUCUGAAGAGGACAAGUCAUUUUUGCAACAAUAUAAAAAGUGUUCUUACUUCAAAAAGUAAUGAGGAAUCAUUGGCUAAUUUUGCAAAAUGGGAACCGGGACAUGGUCGGUUUCAGUCGCAUCCAUGGAAUCAGUACCUCAAAAUUGGAACUCUCGCCCGCCAGUGUGCCUAUCGAAUUGAUGCUCUUAAGGGCUACCUCAACACUGAAAUUCAACAGCCAUCAUCAGAAAUGAGAUACAAAAUUGAAGAAGUAUGCAAAGAAAUGAGCUUGGAAUGUGGCAAGGCACUUAAGGAAUUGGCAUUGCAAUCAAAGCAACGAGUCACCAUCCUCAGCUAA